AUCUCUUCAACCCACUUCACCCCCUCUCACCGCUUCCACAACAGCCACUCUUUAAUACCUAAUGGCGCCCCCUCUCCAGCCCAUCCCCCUCUCCGCCCUCGAAACAGAAAUAUCCCGUCUCGCCAACGGCAAACCGCGCAAACCCGCAGCGGCAAUCUCCAAUGUACGCGACUGCCCGCUGAAAGAAAUGGUGCAAUACAAAUGCAACAUAUACCCGCCGAAGCCGAGCGAAGGGGCGGAAGGGGGAAAGAAGAAACAGAAUAAGGCGGAACCGACGAUUAUCUGUGAGCCUGUUGUGCGGUUGUUCCGGCAGUAAGUUUGAUUUAUAUAUGUUUGGAAGUUGGGGUUGUGGAUGGAAGGGCUUGGCGCGCGUGGGGGAAAAGUUAGAGGGGUAAAUUGGGAUUAGAUUUGAGAAAUUCUAGGGGAUUUAUGGCUGAUGAUUUGUGGUAGGUGUGAAGGGAUGACGGUGGAAACGACGGCUUGGGAGGCGUGGAAGGAUAGACAGGGUCGGAAGUGAGGGGGCGAAGGGAUAGUCAAAGUAGACAAAAGCUUCGACUGGCACUACGACAUCAAAUGCUCAGCACGACAGCAGCGAAACGGUGUAUAGGAGAGUGUGUUGU